AUGGCGAAUCCAAGUUCCUCAGUUCCCGCUACGCCUGUGCUGAAAGACGAGCUGGAUAUCGUGAUCCCCACGAUCCGAAAUCUGGACUUCUUGGAGCAGUGGAGGCCGUUCUUCCAGCCCUACCAUCUGAUUAUAGUUCAAGACGGCGAUCCUACAAAGACCAUCCGCGUGCCUGAGGGGUUCGACUAUGAGCUCUACAACCGCAACGAUAUCAACCGCAUUCUGGGCCCCAAAGCUUCCUGCAUUUCCUUCAAGGACUCCGCCUGCCGCUGCUUCGGCUUCAUGGUCUCCAAGAAGAAGUAUAUCUACACUAUUGAUGAUGACUGCUUUGUUGCCAAAGAUCCAUCUGGCAAAGACAUUAAUGCACUAGAGCAGCACAUCAAGAACCUCUUGUCCCCAUCAACACCGUUUUUCUUCAACACAUUGUAUGAUCCAUACCGUGAUGGUGCAGAUUUUGUCCGUGGGUACCCAUUCAGUCUCCGCGAAGGAGUACCCACUGCUGUUUCGCAUGGCCUCUGGCUUAACAUCCCUGAUUAUGAUGCGCCCACCCAGCUUGUCAAGCCUCUUGAAAGGAACUCUAGGUAUGUUGAUGCUAUUAUGACAAUCCCAAAGGGGACCCUCUUUCCCAUGUGUGGUAUGAAUUUGGGGUUCAACCGUGAACUCAUUGGCCCUGCUAUGUAUUUUGGACUCAUGGGUGAUGGGCAGCCUAUCGGACGCUACGAUGACAUGUGGGCUGGGUGGUGUACCAAGGUGAUUUGCGACCACUUGGGAUUGGGAGUGAAGACGGGCCUGCCCUACAUCUGGCACAGCAAAGCAAGCAAUCCGUUCGUGAACCUCAAGAAGGAAUACAAGGGCAUUUACUGGCAAGAGGAACUCAUCCCGUUCUUCCAGUCUGUCACCCUCCCGAAGGACUGCACCACUGUCCAGAAAUGCUACCUUGAACUCGCCAAACAAGUGAAGGCCAAGCUCGCGAAGGUGGACGACUACUUCAACAAGCUGGCCGAUGCCAUGGUGACCUGGAUCGAAGCUUGGGAUGAACUGAACCAUACUGGCGCCCCCGCAGCAGCAAAAGUAGCCAAUGGGAGCUCUAAGUAAGGCAUUGCCACAUACAUGCUAGAUCAAUAGUCAGUCAUACUCAUAGGCGGCUUUUGUACUACUAUCAUCCAUCUUGUUUGUCCAUGCUUAUAUUGUGAUGACGAGGAGGCGGGAGGCGGGUGGCUGCCGUCUCCUUUCCCCCUAUAUACGGCGUAUUUAUUUUGUUCGUUUUACAUGAGUUGUUGGGAAACUAUAUAUGUAUUUAUGCAUUUAUUUUAAUUUAUAAUAAAUAACAUGGCAUGGAGUAUUGUUGUUGGCA